AUGACCAAAGUCUUUCUUUGCUGCCUUUCCGCCUAUGUAGCUGCCGGAGUGGUUGAAGAAUACCCUCCCCAGCCAUACAGCUUCGCCUACGACAACACCGACGAGCACGGCACCCGCAUCGCCCACGAAGAUAGCGCCGACGCCAACAACGCCAGGGUGGGAUCCUACAGCUACUCUGACGCCUCAGGAAUAACCCGCGCUGUGAAGUACACCGCCGACGCCAUCGGCUUCCACGCCACCGUCGAGACGAACGAGCCAGGCACCAAGGGCUCCUACCCCGCUGACGUGCAGGUCGCCUCCUUCGCCGUCAAGAGUCCCGUUCCUGUUAGCUUGAAGGCCGUUCAGCCUGUUCCAGUCACCGUCCAGGCUGUCCACGCUGCCCCAGUUGUUCACGCCAUCCAUGCUGUUACAGUGGGUCACGCUAUAUCCCACGCUCCCAUAUCCUACUCCUUCGGACAGGCUAAGAGCGCCUAA